CUUUUACAGCUGUAUUUGAAAUAUGUGGACUUCCGGCGAGUAUGCGCGAUUGAUAACAACUCUUACUAUUAUCUUAGUGUUGACUGAAUACUCACUCCAGGCAACACUGCAAGUGACAGCGAAGCCCAAUAAUAACAGGCCAUUUGGAAACGAAUGCGUCAAGCACGACGACUGCAGCUGCAUGAACGGCGGCGUCCCGUUGUGUUACAGCGGCUACUGCCACUGCGUGUACUCCAUCGGCGUGGUGUGCAAGACGAAUCUGUGUGGACAGCACUGCCCCAGCGGGGUCGGCAUCUGCUUCCUCGAGAAGUGCCACUGUUACAGACUCGUCGAGGACAGAGACGCGACAGACGCCAUUAAUAUUAAACCUGAACUCAUUGAUCCUAAAGAAGACAAUGGCGUCCCCACUCUGCUGAAAUAAGACGACCAGACGAGUCAUGUCUGUAAUAAACACCUCAGACUUGUCGAUGUGACUUCCUUAUUGCAUUUUCCAGACGUUCUACCAUAAUGUCGACUAUGUGUGGUGUAAUCCUUAUUUAGCUUAACAGAAAAUCCCAAAUCACCACAAUAACAAGGACAGUAGGAAUAUAUAUACAUUGUAUAUACAUUAGUGUUUUCCCUAGAAAUUAGGCAAGGCAUGGUAGACUAGACACUUUUGAGGCAUUUUCAUUAUUUCCAGGGCAUGUUUUUUUCAUUAAAGAAAAAAACAAUUAAUUGAAAUGAAAAUAAAUGUAAUUAAUGUGCUUGCUUUAAUAAAUGAAUUGCAAAAUAUAUAUCAGGAACAUUUUAUUAAUCA